GCUUCCAGUAGUUUCCACGGAGAGCUUAAACGAGAGGUGCCGAGAGCCUUCUAGAACGCGACAGCUAGGAGUAGUAAACGCUGGUGUGCGGUAGUAGGAGAACCAGUUGUGUCAGUCAGGUCGUGCUGAUUUACUCACUGAGCCGAUUUGGUUAUUAAUUAGUUGAAAGGCGUGUGUCUGUAUUGUGAGUAUACGUCACGUGUAGCAGUCAAAGAUUUUUUACCCUGUUCUAGAAAGGCACCAUGGCUAAGUGGGGAGAAGGAGACCCUCGCUGGAUCGUGGAGGAGAGAGCCGAUGCCACGAAUGUUAACAACUGGCACUGGACGGAACGGGAUGUUACCAGCUGGUCAUCGGACAAGCUGAAGGAGCUUCUUCUUGGAGUGUACGUGGAGAAUGAGGAGGGCAGCUGUGAAAUCACGGAGGUCAGCAAGUUGGAGGGUGAGGCCUCCAUCAACAACCGCAAGGGGAAGCUUAUCUUCUUCUAUGAGUGGGAUGUCAAGGCCACCUGGAAAGGAACUUCAAAUAUGGGGGUCAGAUAUACAGGAAACCUAGAGGUCCCCAAUCUUUCGGAUGAGAAUGACAUGGACGAAUUGGAUAUAAGUGUGACACUUUGUAAAGAUGAGCCUGAAACUCCCCUAAUUUUCCUCAUGAAGCAGGAAGGGGUCAAAAAAAUUCGAACUGCACUAAGGAGUUAUGUAGACUGUCUGAAAACAGAGUUUACUCAGGGUAUGAUCCUACCCACAGCCAACGGUGUGAGUAAGCAACAAGAAUCACAGUGCAGUGUCAAGGUAGACAAAACUCAGUUUGGCUCUGCUAGUUCAGCCCCCAGGCCCACCACAGGGGUGAAGAUCCCCACGUGCAAGUUCACAAUGAAGGAGACCUUCCUAACCUCUCCUGAGGAGCUCUACAGAGUCUUCACCAACCAGGAGAUGGUGCAGGCUUUCACGCAUGGAGCUGCUCUGGUAGAAGGAGAGAAAGGGGGGAAGUUUCGCCUCCUGGAUGGGAAUGUCCUGGGAGAGUUCCAGGAGCUGGUCCCAGAGCAGAAAAUAGUUAUGAAGUGGAGGUACAACACCUGGCCCUGUGAACAUUAUGCAACAGUUACCAUAAACUUGACGGACCAUGGUAGCGACACGGAGCUGAGUAUGGAGUGUAAAGGGGUUCCUGGGAGUGAGGAAGAGAGAACAAGAGAGGGCUGGCAACGCUACUACUUUGAGGCCAUCAAACAGACUUUUGGUUAUGGCGCACGGCUCUACUGAAGAUGCACCGUACUGUAUUGUUUUCCUCCUCAUGCGGCAUUUGAACUUGAAAAAUGUAAAGAGAAAUUCCUGUCAACUGUUUGUGUGCAUAAAUGCUUUCAUUUUUAGCACAGUUGUCCUCUUAGCAGUGCUUUAAAGCAAAUGUGAGUGGACUGUGCCUUUUUUGGAUGGUGGUGUGAUUAAGUGUGCAGGACCUAAAACAUUUGUGUCUAAGGUCAGAAAGGAGAAGCUGAACCACUAGAUCAUUGUUUUUGUUCAGUUUAGUAUUUUCAAAUGCUAUGUGCAAAGAGUAAAAGGUUAGGCAUGUGUUCUGUUUUCCUUGUACACAUAUGUUGCUAUGAAUAAAUGUUAUUUUUAAAGGAAUUUUAAAUGAACUAAUAUUGUACUUUUUAAAAAACAAAUUAGACAUUGAUCCUGUAAAUAGUGUCAUGUGUCAGUUAAUGUUUGAAACCAACUCCUAAGAGGGCAGUUUGGCCUCUAACAGAAAACCCUGCUUGUCUUUCUGGAUUACUCCUGGAAUUACUUGAUGUUUUCCUAGGAAAUGCAGCAGGAGGGGGGGGAAGUUGAUCAAGACACCAGCUUCAAGACCAGACUCAGUUAAUAUGAUUGGGAACUAUGUUCUUAUGAGUACUGAAAAUUGAGAAAUGUACUACUUGUUUCUUCUAAGAGAACAUUUUGCUUUAUUUGCUAUAGUUUAAGCUUCAGUCACAUUGUGCAGUGAAUUUCCUUUUAUUGGUUGAUUAUAUAAUAAAACAUCCUUUAAUCCCC